CUAAUCCUGUCCGAAUAGGGCUUAAGGCUAUAUGGUGGAAUGUGGUAGCCUAGUGGUUAAGGCAUUGGACUACUAAUUGAAAGGCCAUGAGUUUGAAUCCCAGGUCCACCAAGCUGGCACUCCUGGGUCUCUGAGCAAGAUCUGAUCCGUUUCAAUCGAGUACAUGAAGGAAAGUUUUAGCUUGGGGAUAAUUUGACACUCUGCAUCUUCUAGGUUCUUCUUGUUAAUGGAGAAAAGGGACAGAAGAGCAAUGCAGCAAUCUCCAUCAUUAAACCAGGUCACAAAGUUCACUUCCUGACAUUUGUUCUGGUCAGACUGGAUCAUUUGUAGAAAUGUUUAUACUUUAAAAUACUUUAUACAAACCUGGAAGUGGGAUAAGAUUUUAUACAUACAAUUUGGUUUACGAGGGCAGGUGAGAUCUUAGUGAAGGCACGAGUGAGUGUAAAAGCAAACCACAUUUUCUAUUCUGACAUUUCACCUCUUUGUUUGGUCCAAAACCAAAAGGCGGUGUCGGUGUAGGUUGAUCAGAAUGCCAUGUGCUUGGUAACAUAUUUCUUUUUGAACAACCAAUCACGGUUGUUUUUCUGGGCAUGCUCAGAACAGGCUGCCUGUAUUAUAAAUAUUCAGAUGCAAACAAGGCUUCAAGCAGAUUCAUAUUUUUGUUGAUAAAUAAGGUACAAAUGCUAUAAGUUCUGGAAAUAUUUUUUAAAAUGACUUGUUUCUGGAAUUUAAUUUUGAUCUUCAGCAUUAUCUACACAGUCCAUCCUGGUAGACACUGGGUUACUGCACAAUCUGUCGCAAAGCCAGCAGUUUAUCAGCCUGAUAAUGAGCUCAGUGUGAAUAUCGGAGACGCGGCGACUCUACAGUGUUAUAUGUUAUACAACACAUUCAAUGCGGUGGCCUGGUUUAAGCAACCAAACAGAAAAAAAACACAGAUUAUAGUUAAAUCCUUAAAGUCUUCUGUAGAAACUUUCCAGUUUUUCACUGGAUUCCAAAAGUCUCGGUUUUGCGUAGAAAGAUCGUCAAACUGCUUCAAUAUGACUAUUUUAAACACCACUCAGUCAGAUGAAGCCAUGUACUACUGUGCAGUGUUGAGACCUGAUCGUGUGGUUGGAGAUGGAACUUAUUUAAGUAUCAAAGGUGAUCAUGUUACUAUUGCAUCAGAAACAUCUAAAGCAGCUCUGUGUAAUAAUUCAGUGGUGUAUGAACCAACACCGCAUGGAAACAACACUAACACCAACACACAACACAACACAGUGAUCUAUUUGGGAUCGGCUUUGGGUUUGUGCGCACUUCUGAUUUUCUAUCUCACUUAUUUCAUACUGAGGAGAAGAAAAUGUGAUAAAAUGAAGACUUCUAGAGAAGAUUCUUCAGGAAAGAAGCAGAUUCCAGAAUCUGAAGCAAAAACGGUGAUUUACGCAGAUGUACAGUUCAACAAAAUGAAAAGAAAAGCUGAAAAAUGAAAACCUGACUUUGUCAAAACAUUGUGUACUCUAGUGUGAAAUAAAACUUUUUUUCUGUAUUAAUGA